AUGCAUGACCGCAAACCUGUGCGUACUGUAAUCUCUAUUGGUGUGAAGCUUGGCAAGGAUGCGGAUUCCGAAAAAGUGGAUGAUAGUAUGUAUAGAAGAUUAAUUGGCAGUCUUCUAUAUCUAACCACAAGCAGACCUGACAUUCUAUUUGUUGUAAGUUUGCUCUCUAGGCUUAUACAUUCAUCUAGAGACACACACUUCACAACGACUAAAAGAGUGUUAAGGUAUAUUAAAAGAACCAACAAGUUUGGAACUUUCUUCCUAGUAUCUGUUGAACUAACUAUGAACAUGGUUGAGUACUCUAAUAGUGAUUGGGGUGGUAGAGUUGAUAAUUCCAAAAGCACCUAUGGAUAUCUUUUCUGUGUGGGGACGAGUUGUUUUAUUUGGAGCUUUAGGAAACAAGAAACUACAACUAAAUCAACAGUAGAAACUGAGUACAUAGUUGCUCCAUCUACUAUGAAUCAAGCUAUCGAGGUAUGGAAGAUGUUGAAGGACUUGAGCCAUGAACAAACAGAAGCUAGCAAGAUCACGUGUGACUACAAUUCAAAAGUUUCAAUCUCAAGAAAUCCAGUGUUUCAUGGUUGA